AUGACUACAGUAGAAGAAGCGCAGUUCUGGCAGGCGAUUGGAAUACUGAUCAAAAACUAUCAUGCAUUGAACAAAAAGAUAUUCGAGGUGGUCCUAACCCAAGUGGAAAAGCAGCAGGAUGGACGACUGUGUGACUCCAGCGAAGAGGAACUGUGGAAAUCCCUGAAAGAAAACCCAAACCAGCGCACGUGCAGUGGCUUUAAGAUUGGAUUCAAACUGCUGCCCAAGAAACUGCCGGAGAACAUCUUGGCCACCGGAACCGUAGACUUUGAAAAAUGCCUUUACGAGUGCCAGUUUGCCAGCGACGAAAUCGAGGAUUUCUCAGUGCGGCUUCUUGGAGGACAGCUUUUACUGGAGUCCAAGCAGAACCCCAACUGGCUGGAGUUUGUUCUUAAGCCAAAGCUCCUCAGCUGGUCCCAGUCCAAGCAGGAGGAAUCAAAAGUCAAAUCAUUGGGCCUGGUAGACGUGGAAAAGUACAAUGAUCUGUACAAGCAGUUGAAACAGAAGCACUCCCAGCGUCUCCUAGACUACUGGAAGACCGCCCAAGAGUCCACGGAUCCGUUGAAGUUCAUCUACGAAGACCUGGCCAUCGCCGCCUAUCUCAUUGUUCUCUGGAAUCAGACCCAAACGGAGCCCAAGGCAUUUGCCGAUUUGGGUUGCGGGAACGGUCUCCUGGUGCACGUCCUCAAUGCCGAGGGCUUCAAGGGCUACGGCUACGAUAUAAGGAAGCGAAAGCUGUGGUCUCUCUAUCCGGCGGACACUCAACAGAGCCUCCUCGAAAAGGCAGUGGAGCCCAACAGCUUCCGCUUGGAUUUUCCGGAGGUAGAUUGGUUAAUUGGCAACCAUUCGGAUGAACUGUCUCCCUGGCUUCCGGUUUUGGCUGGUCGCUUGAACAUCAACUACUUUCUGCUACCCUGCUGUCCCUACGAACUUUCGGGAGCCAAAUUCCGAAGGCGCAACACGAAGAUAAGUGCGUACCAGGACUUUUUUCAAUACGUAACUCAGGUCUCACGGGAAUGCGGCUUUGAGGUUCUUCAAGACAGACUAAAAAUUCCGAGUACCAAGCGCUUGGCUCUGAUAGGAAUCAAAAGAAACCCCACAAAGGACUUGGAGUACUUUGUCCAAGAGGAGUUAAGAAAGUACAAAACAGGAGAGUCUGAAAUAAAGUUGAGGGAAAAGGAGGAAAGCGUUCGCAACUGCACGCAGGUGGAAAAAUCCAUUAUCGAUGGUCUGGUGCUGAAGAUCUUUACACAACUGCUGGCUUCCAAUGCAGAUAAAUGGUCUGGUCGUCUGCCCAUGCGAGAGAUCGCCCAGAGCCUCACCAAGGAAGAGCUGAGUGGCAUUAAAUCCGAGUGCGGUGGGAUUAAAACCUUGCUGAGAAAUAAGCACGAGGUAUUCGAGUUUUGCGGUGGCGAUCUUAUAGGGAUAAGAACACCCAAAGCAAAGGCUCCUCUCCUCCAAUCCAGACUGACCACCAAAAAGCGUAGCUGCUUCUUCAAGCUCUAUCAUCCACUGGGAUGUCCUCUCGCAGACGCCGAGUGCUCCUUUAUACACUAACUUAUUAUGUGUAGCCCUUGCUCAUGUUUAUUGUUUGGAUUAUAAUAUAAAGAAAAGUG